AUGCAUUGUAUUCUCACUUAUGCGUUCUCUAUGAUCUCUCUCUAUAUAAACACUACCCAAUCGACCAACAUUCUUCUCUGAUUAUAAGCAAAAAAAUGGUUUCUCACAUUUCUCGAUAAUUAGUUAAUUUCUUUUCUUUUUCAUCACCACCAUUUUUUUUUUUUUUUUGAAAAAUUUCAUCAUCACCAAUUACACUCAAAAUUAUGGUGGUUGCACAUUUAAACCUUCUUCGGAAGAUUGUGGGGAUAAUAGGAAACUUCAUCGCUCUAUGUCUGUUCUUGUCACCAACGCCAACAUUUGUCCGGAUAGUGAAAAAGAAGUCAGUGGAGGAAUAUUCACCAAUACCGUAUUUAGCGACUCUCAUAAACUGUUUGGUUUGGGUUCUUUACGGGCUACCAACGGUGCACCCGGACAGUACAUUGGUCGUUACAAUCAACGGAACGGGGAUUUUGAUCGAAAUCGUUUUCCUUACCAUAUUUUUCGUUUAUUGUGGCCGCCAAAAACAACGGUUGGUAAUAUCCGCUGUUAUAGCGGGUGAAACCGCGUUCAUAGCUAUUCUCGCGGUUUUGGUAUUUACUCUCCAACACACUACCGAAAAACGUACUAUGAGUGUUGGAAUCGUAUGUUGCGUUUUCAACGUUAUGAUGUACGCUUCUCCAUUAUCUGUUAUGAAAAUGGUAAUAAAAACAAAAAGUGUGGAGUUCAUGCCGUUUUGGUUAUCGGUAGCUGGAUUUCUAAACGCAGGCGUUUGGACCAUUUAUGCUCUCAUGCCUUUCGACCCAUUCAUGGCUAUACCAAAUGGAAUAGGAUGUUUAUUUGGACUGGCUCAAUUAAUAUUGUACGGUGCCUACUAUAAGUCCACAAAAAAAAUAUUGGCGGAAAGAGAAAAACAAUCUGGUUACAUCGGUUUAUCAAGUGCGAUCGCUCAUACUGAAUCUGAGAAAACCGCGAAUACCAACCAAGAACUUAACAAUGUUUAAUUCUUGUAUCCAAAAGCUUUAAGAACAAUAUCAAGGUUAUGAAUAUAAAAGAGUCUCUCUUUUA